CGCCAGCGCGCCGCGAUUUCGGGAAAGCUCCCACAGCUCCUGGCCGGGGCGGUCCCGCCACUCCCGGCCGGCCGGAAGCUCCCGCCUCCCCGGGCGAAGGCCGUGGGGCCGCCGCAGGUGAGGCCGCCGGGGCGCUACAGGUGUUGGGCAGCUGCUCCUGGGUCAGUGGGCGCUCUCCGCUCGGCUUGUCCUUCUCCGGUGCCGGCCGCCCUUGGGACCUCGCGGCAGUUCCCUCCCGUCGGGUGAGCCGAGCGGGGCCGGCGAGCGCCCGGGGCCGCGCUGAGCGCCGGCCAUGUCGCGGAGCUCGCAGGGCGGGCGGUCCGGCAGGUCCCCGCUGCCCCGCGGGGCCAGCCCCGGGUCCGCCGCCGCCCCGCUGCCGCCGCCUCCGCUGCCCCUGCAGCCUCCCUUCGGCCCGGGCGGGGGCACCCCCAGCCCCGGCGGGCCGGCAGAGCUCAAGCCGGUUCGGCGGUUCAUUCCGGACUCCUGGAAGAACUUCUUUAAAGGGAGACGCCACCCCGGCUCCAGCUGGGAUAGCACGGCCUCCGACAUCAGGUACAUCUCGGACGGGGUCGAGUGCUCGCCGCCUCCCUCUCCCACCCCGCUGCAGCCGGGGACCAAGGCUGUGCCUGGCUCCUACACGGACCCUUUCGGGGGGUCGGGCGGGAGCUACAACUCUCGGAAGGAGGCCGAGGCCAUGCUGCCUUCCGGAGACCCCUUGAGCUCGCUGGAGCGCCGCGCCGGCACUGGGCAGACGUACAGCGAGCGGGUGGAGGAGUACCACCAGCGGUACGCCUACAUGAAGUCCUGGGCAGGGUUGCUCAGGAUCCUCGGCGUGGCGGAGCUGCUGCUGGGCGCCGCCGUCUUCGCCUGUGUCACCGCCUACGUGCACAAGGACAACGAGUGGUACAACAUGUUCGGGUACUCGCAGCCCUACGGAUACGGGGCGGGCAGCGCCUAUGGGGGAUACUCCUACAGCGGGCCCAAAACGCCUUUCAUCCUGGUGGUGGCGGGAAUGGCGUGGAUCGUCACGAUAGUGCUGCUCGUGCUGGGCAUGUCCAUGUACUACCGAACUAUCCUCCUCGAUUCCAACUGGUGGCCUCUGACCGAGUUUGGGAUCAAUGUGGCCUUGUUCUUCCUGUACAUGUCGGCUGCCAUAGUGUACGUAAACGAUACCAACCGAGGUGGGCUCUGCUAUUACCAGUGGUUUAAGACGCCGAUAAAUGCAUCUUUUUGCCGUGUGGAGGGAGGUCAGACUGCAGCAAUCAUCUUCUUGUUUGUCACGGUGAUCAUGUAUCUAAUUAGUGCGGUGGUUUCCCUAAAGUUAUGGAGGCAUGAAGCAGCCAGGAGGCACAGGGAAUUAAUGGAACAGGAGAUGAAAACACAAUCCACUUUUCCAGAAAAGAAGUAUGAAGAUGAUGACAGACCAAGGGAAGAAGUCAGUUACAGGCAGCUCAAAUCAGUGGAAAGAAAACCAGAGCUACUUAAUGGUCAUAUACCUGCAGGCCACAUUCCUAAACCUAUAGUGAUGCCAGACUACUUAGCGAAAUACCCUGUAAUUCAAACAAAUGAAAUGAGAGACCGGUACAAAGCAGUAUUCAACGAUCAGUUUGCUGAGUAUAAAGAACUGUCUAUGGAAGUUCAUGCUGUAUUAAAAAAGUUUGAUGAGCUGGAUGCAUUGCUGAAACAGCUUCCAUACCAUCCUGAAAGCAUAUAUGAACAGGAAAGGAUAUCAAAAGUUCUGCAAGAAUACAAGAAGAAGAAAAAUGAUCCUUCAUUUCUGGAGAAAAAGGAGCGUUGUGAAUAUCUGAAGAAUAAGCUUUCUCACAUAAAACAACGAAUUCAGGACUAUGAUAAAGUUAUGAAUUGGAAUGUAGAAACUUAGCUAUGCCUUCACUUCAUGGAUACUAUUCUCUAUUUUUAAAAUUGAUAUGCAUAUUUUAACCUAUUUAUUUACUCUUUGAACAGUACACUUAUGGGGAUUACUUAAUCACUGUCAUAUAUUUGGAUGUUGUACAUUACUGAUAGUUUCGUAAGCAGAUCAAAUUGUAAUUGAAGUUAGGAGAUAAGUUAGGAAACUAAUUCUGCUUGCAUUAGUGCAAAUACUGGCCUCUUAAAUAUCAAUACUUUAUUUGAAAAUACUUCAUUUGCAGACUUUCAAAGCCUACGGGAGAAAGCAGUUUCCAAAUACCUUCUGGAAACUGCACAGAAAUACUGUUAACAAUUUUGGAUUUUCUUUAUAUGUGACAUCUUAACAAUAUCAGAAAGAUAUCAUUAAGAUGCCUGUCUGGGGUUUGAUGGACUGCCUAAUUGCAUUGAAUAAUUGGGGCAGUUUAGAAGCUAGUUUACUAAGAAUUUUUGUAUUGUAUUUCCAAAUGCUGUAUGUUAUGCUAGAAAUUAUCUUGAAUUUUGCCCAAUGAGAGGGGAAAAAAUGACUUCUUAUUUAAGCAGCUGGGGGAGGGGGACUUGGGUUUGUUUUUUUUAUUGCCCUCUUCAGAGAUGAUGCAACAAAUCUAUACUUGGCCUUAGAGGAAAAGAGGUACAGGAGGAGACAUAUUAAUGUUCCAUUAGUGUUGCUAUGGGUCAGUGUGCUCUGCCUACCUUUCCUGGAUCAUGCUGUUGAGGGUACAUGUGUUUAAGGGCUUCACUCUGCAUCAGCAAGUAACAGGACUUUUUGUCUAGGCAGCAGCUGUUAGUGAACUUGGCAUUCAGAGAGUAAGUACAGCAAAAUGAAUUCUCAUUCAAGGUAUAAAUUGUUAGUAGCCUCUAAAAAGGCCAGGUAAAACGUAUUAAAAGACAUACUUUCCAGAGCAUAUUUGCAUAAAUUCAGUAUAUAUUUUUAUAUUUUCUUGGGGAUAUUAUCCUGGGGAUAGGUUUGUAUAUGCAAGUAUUUUCAUAAGCCAGUAAAUUUUCUCUUUGUAUCCUUUUUCACAUCUUUAUUUACUUUAUUAACUUUUUUUUUACUUACUAAAAUGGUUAGAAGCAUUGAUAGUUUCUCUGUACAGUUUUCUACUACUGAAAUUUGUCUGUUCUGAAAUGUUUUUUAAUAUAAAAACCCCCACCAGUGUAGCCAUAUUACUCUAAUGCUUAUAAAGACAUUUUGUUAGAAAAAAGUGCAUUGAUUACAGUUACUGCAAAUUUUGUUAGUGAUUUGUUUCUUCUUUGAAAGAAAGUUUUUAACUUCUGCCUUAAUUUAAAGGAACAACAUCAGGAGAGCCGUUUCCAGUUUAGUAUGGUCGUGGUAGUACUACCUGUGCUCUUCACUGCUGGAAAUGUAUUAACACACCUCACUCUGACCACUGUCGCCCUUCUGGUUUUUAAGCCAUUGUCAUUCACACUGCAGUCCUGAUGGCCAUGCACCCACCUUCCUAUUUGUAAAAUUGACAUUCCAAUUUUAUCAGCCACUUAAUUCCAAGAGCUUUAGUGGAUGAAGUAAAUAGCCACAAAAAACAAGAUGCCAUGGGAAUACUGAGAGAAUUUGAAAACUUGGCACCUCUUAAUUUCAAAGCCUUCAGUCUCAUCUGCCUGGAAGGUGCCUCAGUAUUUUCAUCAUUCUGAGAACAGAUGAGUGUCAGUGCUUGUGCUCUCUCUCUUUUCAGUGCCUCUCUCUCUGGUUCUUGUUUGUGUUUAUUCCAAAGGAGAAACCUCUCUUCUUUAUAAAGGAGAUGGGCCAAUUUUUUAUACUUGUGCUGAAUACUUGUUAAAUUGUUCUUUGUAAGAGAAGUACUUGUCCAAGUCUCCACAAUCUAAAUAAAUUACCUCUCACUAUACACCCAGGUUUCUCGGUUUUUCUCAGUGAGAGUUCUGGGCAUUGCUUCAGUAACAGAAGAAGAUUAAUGCAAGUUUGAGGAUCAACUGGUGUUCAUAAAGUGCUAACAAUAAACUGACUGAUGUUUUCUUUGGAA